AUGGGAACCCACUACCCCGAAGGCUCUCUGGACUCUCUCACGUCACUGGAACAACGCGUGAGGCUGGACCUGGGCCUGUGGGAUAAGUUCAGUGAGCUGGCUACUAAGUGCAUUAUAAAGAUCGUGGAGUUUGCCAAACGAGUGCCUGGCUUCACAGGACUCACCAUAGCUGACCAGAUCACGCUGCUUAAAGCUGCCUGCCUUGACAUACUGAUUUUGCGUAUCUGUACGCGGUACACUCCGGAUCAGGACACCAUGACGUUCUCAGACGGGCUGACCCUGAACCGGACCCAGAUGCACAACGCAGGCUUCGGCCCGCUCACUGACCUGGUGUUCACCUUCGCCCACCAGCUGCUGCCCAUGGAGAUGGACGACACAGAGACAGGCCUGCUCAGCGCCAUCUGCCUCAUCUCUGGAGACCGUCAGGACCUGGAGGAACCCUCUAAGGUCGACCAGCUCCAGGAGCCUCUACUGGAAGCUCUGAAGAUCUACGUGAGGAAGAGGAGGCCUAGCAAGCCACACAUGUUCCCCAAGACCCUGAUGAAGAUCACUGACCUCCGCAGCAUCAGCGCCAAAGGUGCGGAGCGGGUCAUUUCGCUGAAGAUGGAGAUCCCUGGCUCCAUGCCUCCUCUGAUCCAGGAGAUGCUGGAGAACUCAGAGGGCCAAGACGGCCAGAGCAGCACCGAGGGCGAGGACGGCAGCAGCCCCAAGAAGGGAAUCCCUAAGGGGGGUAAACCCUGCCCUGUGUCCACUGACCCUGACCCAGAUGCUUCAGACAGUGACGGGCCCAUAGCGGRCCCCAAGGAGGAGGAGGAAGAGGACCCCUAGGUCCCCGUGGAACUCAGGGGCCUCUCAGACUGACACUCUCUCUCGCUGACAUUCCUUUGCAAAAAAAAAAAAACAACUGAAAAUAGGUCAACCGCAUAGUGGACCRCUCCUUCUCCCCUCUCCUCUCCUCCUCCCCUCAGGCCGUUGGUCCCUUAGCGAACCACCACCACCUUUGCUUGUUCUUAUGUUAUCCUUUACGUUUGUUUUUUCCUUCUCUCUCUUUAGCGCUUUAUUUUCCCUUAAAAAAGGACCAGUGGUUGGUUUGUGUAUAAUUCUACAUUUAUUGAGCUCUUAUUUUGGCGUUGUGUCUCGGGGACUAGGGUGUGAUUGGUUGAGUUGGGUUUGACCUCGCCCGGCCACGCCCACUUACUUGUUGUACACAAAGGUCAUAGGUCAUCCUCCUCAGGUCUCCUGUAUAAAUUCAUCCCUGCAUGAUGGACUCGACAAGUUUAAUACGUAGUUUUAAUCUUUCUUUCUCUCCCUCUCUCUCUCUCUCUCUGUCUCUCUCCCUCUCUCUGUCUCUCUCCCUCUGUCUCUCUCCCUCUCUCUCCCUGUCUCUCCCUCUGUCUCACUCUGUCUCACAUUGUUGGAAUACAUUGUAUAUACCAUUGUAUGGUUAGAAAUCUGUCUGUUUCUAUGAUGAAUUUUGUGGUGCUUUUUCCAUUGUCUUAAAUAUUAUUGUUUGAUGCGAAACAGUACAUACAUGACAAGGUUCAAAGGGGGGCUAAAAUGUAAAGUCCUUUACAAAAACAGUUAUAUAGACUGUUCUUGCAUAUAGACAGUAUGGAAGACUAAUACUUUAUAUUUGUUCCUCUAUUUAAAGCUGUUUUUUGUUUUGUCUUUUAUAACUCAUUAUGUUGACGUCUCCAUCAGUGUACAUUACAUCACCAUAAAGCCCGAGUGCUAGAGGUUUCUCUCCCGUGUCAGUGGCUGCAUCUCUUCAGCCGCUUCCUCAGACUGUAGAGGCCAUAGAUAUACAAUGACUAGAUUGAAUCUAGAUAAACUAUUACCAGAUUGGAUCUGUCUAUCACAGAUAACAGGCUGUAAUGUAAUGUACAGGGCUUCUGAGGCUAAAAGGCUUCUGAGAUUUUAUCAUUAAAUGACAUUACCAGAGAGAAACCAAGCAGUGUUAACAAGUGAAAUCUCUGGAUAAAGAUAAGGGUUAAGCGACUCUCAUUGACAAAGACUUUCCUUAACCCAAGCUUGCGCCACUGAGAAAUGUAGAUGCUUUGUUUUUUAAUGAAUUUGGUUAUACAUUUGAAGUUUCCUUGCAAUUCUCUUGAACAUUCUCCACCAUCUGUGCAGUUAAAUGCAUUCUUAUUACAGUGUUAAACUGUAAAUUACUUCUCUGAUGCAGAUUCAAUCUAGUAAUUGUACAUUAAUGGCUGUCAGCAACUACAAGCGUCUGCGCAACACAAAAUGAACAUUGCGUUCUGGGCCAGGAUUACAAGGAGUCCUGUAGGUCCAGAAUCACUACCUACCCCUUCUUACAUACUUGCAUACAUAAGUGUCUUGUUUUGGAAGGAAACCACGGGGACAUUGCAAUCGUUAAAAUACAUAUUCAUGACCUAACCGCUUGGCCGGGAAGAUUGUACACUAGACUCUAGUAGCCACUGCACAUUCUUAGUUCUAGUCCUACAGAGUGACUGACCGUUGCCUUGCUCCUCCACAAGUCCUGUGCAAAACUACAGUGAUGCAAAGGAGAUUCUUUACACAUGACCCUUAACCCCUGAGACGUGCAGUAAUUAUAGAUAGACAAGCUCGGGUAGCCUUCAUUUGGGUUGCAACAUCACAGAAUGUUCAGAUAUAAAUAUAUUAUGUAAACAUGCGCUUCUCUAUCAUGUAGAAUAGGGAAUCAUGUCAGCUCUAAAACAAGAAUAUAUUUUCCUGAACGUUGCAUCUCCUGAACCCAACCCUGCUUUGUGUUUUGUACGGCAGAUCCACUAGACAGCUCUUUUUCUCAGGGAUGAGGAACGAUGUCCCAUAUCGGCCGCCGACGCAACAGCCGUUCUGAUCUUAUAAAUAUAUUCUUAGUAAAGCUGUUUUUCUUUAGAGCCUAAGGGCUAGAUUUAGUCCAUAGCACUGAAGAUCUGCGGUGUACCGCGAUUAAAAUGUAAAGGCAAUGUUCCCACGUUGGCGGAGACUGCAUUCACGGUAAACACUACAUAUGUCUGCUCAAUGGGAAAUUACACUGUUCUUCAGCUCUACGGAUUGGAUCUAACUCUAAAUCACAGAUUAGAAUUUGGACACUAUUUAUAAAGUUAAUAGCCUAGAAUCCACACUGAAUAUUGCUCAGUUCGUUUCACUGUUGUGAAGUGAAACAGAGUCAUAUUCAGUGUGGAAGCCAGGCUAUAGACAAUAUCAUUUAUUCAGAUGGUGACCAGUUACUCAACUAGCACAAAGGCAAUACUUCUCAUAGUACUUAUAUAAAACUUGAACGUGAAUUAUAUGUAGCCGACAUAAUGUUAAGGGUGAUGGUAAUAAACAGUUUUCUUUAUCAUUCUUAAGGGUAAUAAUAAUUUGGCAUAAACUGUUAUGGGUGAUUAUUGAGUCACUCAUCUCAGAGGUAUAAAGAUAGGAAGGGUUUUUAUUCUGAAUAGAGGCAAACAUUUUACCACAAGGGAAUAGAUGACCACUGUAGUCAGUCAGCUAGAACCAGGGUUGGGGUCAAUUCCUGUUGGAUUAUUUCAGUUUGCUUCCUGAAUAGACAUGGAAUUGACCCCAACCCUGGCUAGAACCUUUCAGAAACAUCUCACACAUAACCAUCUCCUCUCCUCCAUAUCAACACCACAUGUAAUACAUACAUAUCUUCAGGGGGAAACAAAACUGUCUCCGUUGUACCAUGUUUGAAUGUGAAUAUGCCGUCCAGGCGUUACAUAGGAAUGAUAUGCAGUGUUAAAGGAAUACUUACUUCAAAACAGCGUUUUGUCAAAUUCAUUGCAUCUCAUUGUAUGUAUGACAAAAAAUCAAAUGCUCUCUUUCCCUCUAAGGGAGAGAGGGAUGUAGGGGAAAACAAUCCUGGUGGCUCAUCACAAGAGCAGUGUGGGUGAAUGUCAAUAGCCUUCCCUACAUUCCUCUCCCUUGAUGCCACACCUCCUUCUCAAAACGCAUUGGAGGAAAGGGGGCAGAACCUCAGACCUUCUCCAAUGUGUUGUUGAGGUGACGAAUCAAGGAAAGACUUCUGAAAUUUACCCUGAGUGUCUUUGAAGUUGGAAAACUUAUUUCACAGCUGAAGAAUGUCUACAUCCAUCUCCCUAGUGACUUGAGCGCCACCUACAGGCACCAGGUGACACAGCAGGGAACUCAAUCGAUUCCACAAUGCCGAAUUUACAUUGGUUUCUGUUGAAUGUUGUACCGAUGUAACUGUUAAUAUUUACUACUACUAUCUCACUGCAGACUUGUUCAUGUAUUAGAUGGUGUGUGUGUGGUGUGCUUUAUGUCUCAACUAAUGGCAGCUUUAGGCUAUCUGACCUCUCAGAGCUUCAUCUCAUAGCCAGCCCCUCUUGGGUAGCAGCUGCUCACCCCUACAUCAUUCAGUACCUGAGCAUGGGUUCACAAUAAGGUUGCAAAAUUCCAGAAACCUUCCACAAAUUCCUUUUUUUUGGGAGGGGGGGAUCAUGGUCAGAGGAUUUUCGUAAUCAGGAGGUAAUAAGCUAAAGGAAUUUCCAAUGUGGAAUUCUUCAAUUUGUGAAAAGUUUCCGGAAUUUCGAAACCCUAGUUACCCCGAUGUCAUCGCUGAUCAAACAACAGAGCUGCUUUCCCUUCUUCAGUUGGAAUGCCAAGCAGCUGUCACUAAAUCAAUCAACUGACAGAAAUUUGGUUAAGUCAAUAACGGAAUAAGACACAAUACGUGUUCCGGAAGGGGGCAACGUACUGAACAUUGCAGAUAGAAAUACACUGAAUAGAUCUGGCAUGACGAUUCCAUACUCUACAAGUCAGUGGUGUCUGUUCUAUGCAACGUAUUUCUAUAUGAACGUUCCACCGCGGUGCCCUACUGAAGGUGGCCCAUUAUCCAACUAUCCAGUAGAAGCAUGACUGUGAACCUCAAAAAAAAUUACCUUCGAAAGCAACUUUUUUGUUAUGCCUGUUCAAAAAGUGUCAAUGUUCAAAAGUUUAACAUUUUACAAAUAAUGUAUAUGAUUGCCUUUUUCUCCCCAUCGGUAUCAGAAAACCUCAUUGUCAUCAUAUGCAGUGUUGUAUAGUUAGCGUUAUUAUGAAGAGACAUGAUCAAAUUAUGGUUGAGUUUUUCUUAACUUUGUCUUACUGGAGGGUGGGCAGGGCAGCAGGGAGUUGUCAUGGUGAUUAUACAUUUACCCAGAACCUCCUGCUGGCCUGGUGGGAAGAGAAAGCAGGAAGUCCUCAUAAGGAGCUUUACGGUGAGCUUCUAUCUUGUUUUCGUUUUCAAUAUUGUCUGUUUGUAUAUUAACAAUGCUUUAUAUGUUCAUAUACUGUUUAACUUUACCAUGAAAUGCCCUGGCAAAGUAAUAAAAAUAUAUUUAUUUUAAAAUA